GCAGCCAGGGCCGGGUGCUGCCCGACGGCGCGGGUGGGGCGGUGACGAUGCGCCCGGGCGGGGCCGGUUCGGUGAACGGGCGCUGAGCGGCACUCUGAGCGAGAGGCGUCUGGCUGCGGGCGAGCGGCGGGUCCCGCAGCCCCUCUGGGCCGCGCCUCCUCCCCGGCCCGGCUUCCUGGGGGAUGAAACUCGGCAGCGGCUUCCUCGGCGGCGGCGGCGGCAGCAAGAGGGCGGCGGCCAUGGAGCCCACCUUCCCCCCCAGCAUGGUCAUGUUCAACCACCGCCUCCCGCCGGUCACCAGCUUCACUCGGGCGGCCGCGCCCCCGCCGGCGGCCCAGCACCCCUCGCAGUGCGUCUUGCCGCCGCCCCCCUCCGCCGCCGCCUCUUCCUCCUCUGCGGCGGCCGAGACUCCCGCGCCGCCCCCCCCUCAGGACGUGACUUUCAAGAAGGAGCCGGCUGGGGCUUUCCCUUCCUCUUCCUCGCAAAGGAGCCCCUGGGGCUUCCUCCACUCGCUGGUGAGCAUCAAGCAGGAGAAACCCAGCGAGGAGGAACAGCAGCAGCACUAUGGGGGGUUAUUCGGAGGGGCUGGGGAGGAGAGGCACCCAGCCCUGGGCAGUGGCAGUGGGGAAGGAGCCAGCCAGAGUGUGAUUCAGGACCUCAGCCUUCUCCACCACCUGCACCACCAUCCCCACCGGGACCUGUUACUGAGCGGCAGGAGCGAGGGCACCCCUGGGGGCUCCGAUGAGCCAAAGCACGACGCCCACGGCAAGAAGGCGAAGAGGCCAAAGCCAGAAUCUCAGGGAAUCAAAGCCAAGCGCAAGCAGAGCACCUCAUCCAAACCCCCGCUGGUGGGAGACACAGAAGCUGCCAUCUUGUCCUCAAGUCAGAAACCUCAUGUCUGUGAACACUGCAGCGCUGCCUUCAGGAGCUCCUAUCACUUGCGCAGACAUGUGCUCAUUCACACUGGGGAAAGGCCUUUCCAGUGCAGCCAGUGCAGUAUGGGUUUCAUCCAGAAGUACUUGCUCCAGAGACACGAGAAGAUCCACAGUAGGGAGAAGCCAUUUGGAUGUGACCAGUGCAGCAUGAAAUUCAUCCAGAAGUACCAUAUGGAGAGACACAAGAGAACACAUAGUGGAGAAAAGCCAUACAAAUGUGACACUUGUCAGCAGUAUUUUUCAAGGACUGAUAGACUGUUGAAGCACAGACGAACAUGCGGUGAAGCCAUAGGUAAAGCAGGUGCAGGAAUGGAACCUGGAUCAUCAAAUCACAACAUGGGGAGCCUGGCUGUAUUGUCUCAGGGAAAUACAAGUUCUUCAAGGAGAAAAAGUAAAACAAAAAGUAUAUCCAUUGAAAACAAAGGACAUAAGUCUAGUAAUAAAGUAACUGAAUCACAAGUUCCAAGUAAUAUGACCAUGCAGAAUUAUGCAGUAGAAAUUCCUGUUGUGUCUUCCAGUGGUGGCUUAGUUGGUGCUGGCAUGGAAGAAUUACAAAAAAAGGUGCCAAAGUUGGUCUUCAAAAAAGGAAACAGAAAAAAUGCAGACAAAAGUUACCUUAAUUUUGUGUCACCGUUACCAGAUAUUAUUGGGCAAAAACCAUUGCCUGGGAAACAAAGUGGCUCUCUUGGUAUAGUAACCAAUACUGGUGUAGAAGCUAUUGGCCUUCUCCAAAAUGCAGGUGGAAAACCAGGUCAAAUAAGUAGCAAUUAUGAUGAUGCCAUGCAGUUUUCAAAGAAAAGAAGAUAUUUGCAAACUGCCAGCAGUAACAGUGCCUUUUCUAUAAAUGUUGGACAUAUGGCCUCCCAACAGUCUGUCAUCCAGUCUGCAGGUGUCAGUGUUAUGGAUAAUGAAGCCCCAUUAUCUCUUAUUGAUUCAACAUCUCUAAAUACUGAAAUGAAGUCUUGCCAUGACAAGUCUGGAAUUCCUGAUGAAGUCUUGCAGAGUCUCUUGGACCAGUACUCUCACAAAUCAGAAGGCCAGAAGGAAGAUCCUUUCAGUAUAACUGAACAACGUGUAGACUUGCACACCUCGGGAGAACAUUCAGAGAUGGUUCAAGAAGAAAAUUUGAGCCCAAACUCUCAAACAGCUUCAAAUGAUAAGGCAAGCAUGUUGCAAGAAUACUCUAAAUACCUCCAACAGGCUUUUGAAAGAACGACCAAUAGCACUGGUUUUGCUUUUGGGCCCAGUUUCCAAUUUGUUAGUUUGUCUUCAACUCUCCAUAACCACAGUUUGUUUCAAGACAAACAGAUAUACACUACAUCUCCUCUUGAGUGUGGCUUCAGCCAGUCUGUUACCUCAGUGUUGCCAACUGCAUUGCCAAAGCCUCCUUUUGGGAUGUUGCUUGGAUCUCAACCAGGUUUUUAUUUAUCUGCUUUGGAGGCUACACAUCAACAGUUGACUCCUUCUCAAGAGCUGGAUGAUCUGAUAGAUUCACAGAAAAAUUUAGAGACUUCAUCAAACUACCAGUCUACAUCUCAGAAAUUGAGUAGCCAGAAGGAACAGAAACAUUUAGAAUCUUCAACAAGCUUUCAGAUUCCACCUCAGGAGUUAGCUAGCCAGAUAGAUCCCCAGAAGGAUGUAGAGCCUAGAGCAACAUACCAGAUUGAGAACUUUGCACAAGCGUUUGGUUCUCAAUUUAAGUUGGGCAGCAGGGUGCCAAUGACUUUUAUCACUAACUCUAAUGGAGAAGUGGACCAUAGAAUAAGGACUUCAAUGUCAGAUUUCUCAGGGUAUACAAAUAUGAUGUCUGAUGUAAAUGAGCCAUGUAGUACAAGAGUAAAGACCCCUACCAGCCAAAGUUACAGGUAAGGUCCCAAGUGUGACCAGGCUGUGGGGUCUUUUUAAUGGAAUUUUGUUUUAUUUUCAUAACACUGCCAUUGGAAUGUUUCUACAUGGUCCUGUUAAGAAUAAUGUAACAUGCCCUUUCAAUGCAACUUUUCAUAUUUAGUUUAUUUUGUUAGUGUGAUUUUUUUUUUUUUAAGGUCUGUUUAUUAUGGGUUUUAAUAAAAAAUCAAUAGAUUAAAAUAGUUUUUUGUUCAAAUGACAAUGUUUAGCAAUCAAAUUUACAUAUAUAGAGUGUCAGGGAAUAGCCCAAAAGUUUAAAAUGCAAAAAAUUAACUUUGUUCCUAGGAUUAAGGUUUAUUCUAAUUGCUUUACUCUCAGGAAAGUGUAACGAAGCAUGGAAAUUCUAUGCACCAUUUGUGUACUGGAACUUCCAAUUCAGAUAGUGGCAAAUAUAUUUCAACAUUUAAGGAAGGGAUCUAAAACAUUUUCAGACUGCUGUCUUUUAUAUCUAGGAUGAUCCAAAAUUCUGAGAAUUUCGCUACCUACAUCUUGCUGUAGCUUUUAAUGUACUCCUCUUCUUCCAGGUGACUCAUUCCAGAUUGGUGGGGCAAAUAUUCUUGGAUCCAUGGUAAAUGCCUAGAAUGGUAGCUUUAAUAUAAACAGUAAUGUCCCCUGAACUCCUGUACAAGGCUGUAAUUCCAUAAAGAGAUUCUAGUGACAUAAGCCCUGAGAACAAAACUUAAGUGGCUCGUUCAUGUCAUUAGAACUCCAACUUGAAGCUACAGUCAUAACUUAUAUACCCUUUUGGGAUACAUUAUUUAUUAUACAUGGUUUAAAACAAAUCAGUGUUUUUCCCUUCUCCUCCAUCCCUUCCUGUUAGUAUGCUAGGUCCCCUUUCUGCAUAUUUUGUUGUCCUCCCUGGUUCAAUCCUACAUGGUUUGUGGUCCUUCCCUGGUUACUUCCCAUCUUAACAGUUGGAAUUUGAAAAGAUUUACAUUCCGGAAAGUGCAUAAUUUAUUAUGUACUUACUGGUGUCGUCUUAUGACAUCAAGUACAGAAAAAUAAAAAUGUAAACACCCAUGUAUUUUAUAAUUCUAUUAAGGUUUCCAUGUACAAUAAGAAAUAAUAUACUCCCAAUUGUACAUAGUAAGGCCCUGAUGCUGCCUUGGGAUUUGCUAACAUGGACAUCUGUGUCCAACAGAUCCCAGUAACUUCAGUGGGUCUCCAUAUAGGUGCCCUGGUCCACAACAUAUCUCACUGCAGGCUUGGGGCCUAAGGCUGCAAUUCCAUCAAAGGUUUCUGGU